ACAACGGUGUAGUUUAUUUGCAGUUUAACCAGUUUAACAGAAUUAUUUAUGUAAAAAAAAAAGAAAAAUAAAUUAAAUUUCUAUUGAACGAAAAUUUUUAACUUUUCAAAAAGAGACCUUUGAAAUUAAUAUCGAAGGAGGCAAACUAAAAUCAAAAUAAGAAAUAAUAAUAAAGGAUUCGCAUAAUAAAAUCCGUAAAAAUGGAUAAAACCGUUCAAAUUAAACGGACUAGCAUCGCUCCAGGCGGCGGUCGUAAAAAAUCCGGUCCGAAAUUCGAGCUAUCCGAAGCUCAAAAAUCAGAUAUCAAGGAAGCUUUUGAUCUGUUCGAUACCGAGUCUACUGGAUUUAUAGAAAUAAAAGAACUGAAAGUGGCUAUUCGCGCGUUGGGUUUUGAACCAAAAAAGGAGGAAAUCAAACGUAUGGUAGCGGAGAUUGAUAAAGAAGGCACAGGACGGAUAAGUUACGAUGAUUUUUUGCACUUAAUGACCAUGAAAAUGGCCGAAAAAGAUACUAAAGAAGAAAUACUUAAAGCAUUCCGCCUAUUUGAUGAUGAUGAAACUGGAAAAAUUUCGUUUAAAAAUUUGAAAAGGGUUGCCCGAGAAUUGGGAGAAACACUGACAGAUGAAGAGCUGCGAGAAAUGAUUGAUGAAGCUGAUUUGGAUAACGAUGGCGAGGUUAAUCAAGAGGAGUUUUUGCGCAUAAUGAAAAAGACUAGUUUGUAUUGAGAAAAUAGCAAAAGAGGUUUUUCUUCUUACUCUUAAAUUAUAGCAUUUUUCCGUUUUUUAAUUAAUGCUUAAAAAAUACACCGCUUUUUUUAAUUUAUUUUUUAAGCUAAUGUUAUGACAUAAACAUAAGUUUUCUACAAGCACAUAUUAAAAAUAAAAGUAACUAAAAAAAAUGGAACAGAAGUGAAAAUUGUUCACGUCGCUUCGAAAAAAUACAAUAAUGCAGCGUUUUUUCUGUUUAAAAUG